UCUCUGCCUGGGCAGCUCCCUUUGAUCUGUUAGAUCUUACUUCAGGAGCUUUCCCACCUGCUGGCAUUGACCUGCUCUGUCUCUGGCCUCCUCUGGAUCCUUUGCCUUUGGUGCUGUAUCCCUGUGCUCCCUACCACCCACUUUCUGUACUCUGACCUGCAGGGAAUUGCUCUGCUGUGUCUGUGGAGUAAACACGGGUCUCCCGUGCACUCUUGCCACUCUCUGCUCCUCACACCUGCCUGUGUCCUUAUGUUCAGGAUUCAGAAUGUCCCUCAGGGUAGAGUCUGGGUUUUCCCCCAGAAAUCAGAUAUGAAUCAAGCCUAACCAGCUCCUCUCUCAUCCUGCAGGAGUGGAAUGUGGACUAAGAAACUAAAAUGUUUGGUCAGCAAAAUUCCCGCCCCCGCCUGCCCGUCCCAGAGUCUGAGAUACAUACCUUGCAGGAAAGACACCAGGACAGAUAGACAUUGAGAGGGGCGGGAGCAGGAUGUGAGCAGAAUCAUCCAAGCCCUAAAUGAGUGCCUUGCUGCCCUUCCUCGGCAGCUGCUCCAGGACGUCUGUGGCAUUGGAGUGUCAGGACAAAUGCAUGGAGUCAUGUUUUGGAAAACAGGCCAAGGCUGUGAAUGGACAGAGGGAGGGCCCUCUCCUGUGUUUGAGCCCGGAGCCGUGAGCCACCUGGUCACAUGGCAGGAUGGCCGGUGUAGCAGUGGGUUCCUGGCUUCUUUGCCCCAGCCAGAGUCCCAUCUCAGUGUGGCCUCAGGGUUUGGCUGUGCAACCAUCUUCUGGCUUUUGAAGAAUAGCCCAGAGUUCCUGAAGUCCUACGAUGCUGCUGGCACCAUCCAUGACUAUGUGGUUGCCAUGCUGUGUGGCUUGCCAAGAUCACUGAUGUGCGACCAGAAUGCUGCUAGCUGGGGAUAUUUCAACACUCAGAGCCAAAGCUGGAACUUGGAAAUAUUGAGGGCCUCAGGCUUUCCCGUGCACCUGCUCCCAGACAUCGCUGAGGCCGGCAGCGUGGCGGGCAGAACUUCCCGUGCCUGGUUUGAAAUCCCACAGGGGACACGGGUGGGCGUGGCCUUGGGUGAUUUACAGGCCUCCGUCUAUUCCUGUAUGGCCAAAAGGACAGAUGCAGUUCUCAACAUCAGCACUUCAGUUCAGUUGGCAACCUCCAUGCCUUCAGGAUUCCAGCCGGCGCAGACUCCAGACCCUGCGGCUCCAGUCACCUACUUCCCGUACUUUGACAGGACCUACCUGGUGGUGGCAGCGUCACUCAAUGGGGGCAACGUGCUGGCCAUGUUUGUCCACAUGCUGGUCCAGUGGAUGGCGGAUCUAGGUCUAGAGGUCGAAGAAUCCACUGUGUAUUCAUGUAUGAUCCAGGCAGCUGCACAGCAAAGAGACACCUGCCUAACUAUCACUCCAACGGUGUUGGGCGAGAGGCACCUGCCGGACCAGCUGGCCUCAGUGACCAGAAUCUCCUCCUCUGAUCUCUCCCUGGGGCACGUGACCCGGGCCCUGUGCCGAGGCAUUGUUCAAAACUUGCACUCCAUGCUUCCAUUUCAACAGCUCAAGGAGUGGGGUGUGGAGCGGGUGAUUGGCAGUGGGAGUGCACUGUCCAGGAAUGAGGUGCUGAAGCAGGAGGUGCAGAGGGCUUUUCCCUUCCCAGUGUCCUUUGGGCAGGAUGUGGACGCAGCUGUGGGGGCAGCUGUGGUCAUGCUCCAGAGAAAUCUUAACCAGAGGGAGUCUUAAUCAGUGCAUCCUUUGGCCAAAAGACUGUUGCAAAUUUUAUCUAAGUAACAUUCCCGACGUGACCUUGUGGUCAUCCUUUUCCUGGACAGUUUUCUGGGCAGCUUUUAAGCAAAGCUUGUUUUCAGGGCACCAUCUUGACCAAGAACUUACCUUCAUCCUCUAAUAAUGCAGCCAGGACUCAUCAACUAGAUCCCAAAUCAGUGCUUUCUAAGAGACUCACUUGGGAAUUGGUUGCAAAUGUAAAUAUGGAAAAAAGAGAGAGGGACAAAGAAAGAAAAGGAACAGUAGCCCAGCAUCGUGGUCAGCAGGCUCUUCUGUGAUUCACCUGUAGACAAAGAGAAAAUAAAUGUGACUUCAGACACCAAAAA